AUGGCGGUAGGUCUUGCUGCGGUAUUUGCUGCACCGCAUCCAAAUGAAAAUCAAUCAUGCGAAGAUGGACCUGCCGAUCAGAAGCCGGAUGAUAAUCAACCAGACCACAAAAAGCCGGACAAUGAGAAACAAGACGACUGUCCUGAGAAACCAGACGUCGAGAAGCCUUCUCAUAAGAAACGAGACGACAAGAAGUCCUGUGAAAAGAAACCAGAAGUCAAGAAGCCCUAUGAAAAUCAAUCAUGCGAAGAUGGACCUGCCGAUCAGAAACCGGAUGAUAAUCAACCAGACCACAAAAAGCCGGACAAUGAGGAACAAGACCACUGUGCUGAAAAACCAGACGUCAAGAAGCCUUCUCAUAAGAAACCAGAAGUCAAAAAGCCCUGUGAUUAG